CUUUCAAGCCAGAUCGGACAGCACUCACCGCUGAUAAGGAACGAAUCGAAUCCAAACUUGCAACUACAAUCCCAAUCCCCGAGAGAAACGAAGAUGAAGGACCUCUUCUGGCACCUGGUGGGCAUAGCCACCGGCCUGAAGAUCCUCCUGAUUCCAGCCUACCAUUCCACGGAUUUCGAAGUCCAUCGCAACUGGCUGGCCAUCACCCACAGUUUGCCGUUGAAUCAGUGGUAUGUGGACGCCACCAGCGAGUGGACACUGGACUACCCGCCGUUCUUCGCCUACUUCGAGUGGCUGCUCUCGCAGGUGGCCAAGUACGUAGAUCCACGGAUGCUGGUGGUGGAUAACCUGAACUACGAGUCGAAGGCCACCGUUUACUUCCAGCGGCUCUCGGUGAUUGCUACGGAUCUAGUUUAUGUGCUCGGCGUGCGCAGCUGCCUGGGUUCGCUGGGAUUGGCCAGAGAUACGCAGCAGUUCUUUGCCGGCUCCAUGUUGCUGCUCCUCAACGUGGGACUGCUCUUCGUGGACCACAUUCACUUCCAGUACAAUGGCUUGCUGUUCGGCAUACUGCUCCUGAGCAUCGGUUCGCUCAUCCGGCAGCGGUUCCUAUGGAGCGCCUUUGCCUUCGCCGUGCUGCUCAACUUUAAGCACAUCUUUCUGUACAUGGCGCCCGCUUUUGGGGUCUACCUGCUGCGUUUCUAUUGCCUGGAGCAGGCGAGUGUGGUGUCUGCGGUGGGCGCCGUUGUCAAGCUGCUGGUCGUUGGACUCACUCCGUUCGCCGUGUCCUUCGGACCGUUCUGGAAGCAAUUGCCGCAAGUCCUGUCCCGCCUGUUUCCUUUCAAGCGUGGCCUAACGCACGCCUACUGGGCACCCAACUUCUGGGCGCUGUACAAUGCCGCCGACAAGGUGGCCGCCGGAGUUUUGAAGGUACAGGAUGGCGGUGCCUCGACGACGUCAGGAUUGGUCCAGGAGGUCAGGCACUCGGUGCUGCCAGCCAUCACGCCGCCUGUGACUUUUGCCCUGACCGCUCUCUUCAUGCUGCCCAUUCUGGUGAAACUUUUCCGCAGUCCCAAGAAACAAAGUCCGCUGGUCUUCCUGCGCGCCGUGGUUUUGUGCGGCUGCUCAUCCUUUGUCUUCGGAUGGCAUGUGCACGAGAAGGCCAUCUUAAUGGUGCUCCUUCCGCUCUGUUUGCUCUCGCUGGUUAACCGGGAUGAUGCCAGAUACGCCUAUGUCCUUGGCAUUGCCGGCUAUUUCUCUCUGUUUCCGCUGCUCUUCGAUGCGGAUCUGUACAUUCCCCGGUAUUCCCUGUACAUGUCGUACGUGGCCAUGAUGUACGGCCAGUUGUAUCGCAUCUUCCCCGGCUUCCGAGGCUUCCACACGCUGGAGUGGCUAUACAUGCUGGGCUUUCUGGCCAUUCCGCUGUACGAGCAUCUGCUCUCGUUCCUGCUGCACCUGGACCAGCGCCUGCCCUUCCUGCCCCUGCUGCUGACCUCCGUGUACUCGGCGUUGGGAGUGCUCUACUUCUUUGGGGCCUACUAUCUGUACGCUCUGGGCAUCAGCUGGGGCAAGGUGGCCAUUGCAUCGUCCACAUCCGCGGCCGCUGUUAAGAGAAAACGAAAAACCAAAUAAACGGAGCACUAUAAAGGGCUUCAGCAGAAA